AUGAUGAAACGACAGAGACCUUUCAGCAGCAGUGAGAGUUCAGAUGAGUGUCCUUCUACUUCCUUUACUUCUAGCUUAAUGUAUAGGAAGAUGUCAAAAAAUCCCAAGGAACAUAAGAAGUCUGCUGAGGUAUUCCGAAAGGACCUCAUCAGUGCGAUGAAAAUCCCUGACUCUCACCAUGUUAGUCCUGACAGCUAUUACCUCUUUACUGACACAUGGAAAGAAGAGUGGGAAAAGGGAGUACAAGUGCCAGCCAGUCCAGACUCUGUUCCAACACCUUCUCUCAGGAUUAUAUCUGAAAGGGUAAAGGAAGUUCUCUUUGUCCGGCCGCGGAAAUAUAUCCGUUGCUCUAGCCCAGAGUCUGCAGAGCCUGGCUAUAUCAAUACCCUAGAGCUGGCAGCAUCUACAUGCCGAUAUGACCUAGAUGACAUGGACACCUUCUGGCUUCAAGAACUCAAUGAAGACCUUGGAGAAAUGGGUUAUGGGCCAAUUGAUGAGACGCUUAUGGAAAAAACAAUAGAAGUUCUAGAACGCCACUGCCAUCAAAAUAUGAACCAUGCUAUUGAGACAGAAGAAGGGCUAGGAAUAGAAUAUGAUGAAGAUGUGAUCUGUGACGUGUGCCGGUCUCCAGACAGUGAAGAAGGGAAUGAUAUGGUAUUCUGUGAUAAGUGUAACGUCUGUGUGCAUCAGGCUUGCUAUGGCAUCCUUAAGAUUCCAGAAGGCAGCUGGCUGUGUCGUUCCUGUGUCCUGGGCAUUUAUCCACAGUGUGUUUUGUGUCCUAAGAAAGGUGGAGCUAUGAAGACCACCAGGACAGGGACUAAAUGGGCCCAUGUCAGUUGUGCCCUGUGGAUACCAGAAGUCAGCAUCGCUUGUCCUGAGAGAAUGGAACCCAUCACAAAAAUCUCCCAUAUUCCACCUAGCCGGUGGGCCUUAGUUUGCAGCCUGUGCAAGUUGAAGACAGGGGCUUGUAUUCAGUGCUCUGUGAAAAGCUGUCUCACUGCCUUUCAUGUCACCUGUGCCUUUGAGCACGGCUUGGAAAUGAAGACUAUCCUAGAUGACGGUGAUGAAGUAAAAUUCAAGUCAUUUUGCCUCAAGCAUGGCCAAAACAAGCCAAAAAUUGGGGAGGCCGAGUACCACCACCAUAGAGUUGCUGAGCAGAGCCAGGCAAAAAGUGAGAAAACCAGCCUGCGGACACAGAAACUUCGUGAACUAGAGGAAGAAUUCUACACCUUGGUCCAGGUGGAAGAUGUUGCCAAAGAGCUGGGGCUAUCUGCAUUAACUGUUGACUUUAUCUAUAACUACUGGAAACUGAAGCGCAAAAGCAACUUCAACAAACCAUUAAUUCCUCCCAAAGAGGAUGAAGAAAAUGGCUUGGUACAGCCAAAAGAAGAAAACAUCCAUACUCGCAUGAGAAUGUUUAUGCACCUGCGGCAGGACCUAGAGAGGGUUCGAAAUCUAUGCUACAUGAUAAGCAGGCGAGAGAAGCUGAAACUUUCACACACCAAAGUGCAAGAACAGAUCUUCGGUUUGCAAGUCCAGCUUAUUAACCAAGAAGUUACAGAAGGACUUUCUUUGACAAAUGCACUAGAGAACUCAUUGUUUUACCCACCACCACGUAUCACCUUAAAGUUGAAAAUGCCUAAAUCAACCUCAGAAGACUGCAGAGACAGCUCCACAGAAACAGAACACCAACCCUCCUCGCCUGGCAGCAGCUCCCCUGGUCACAAUAAAAGGAGCCCACAAAUGCCUGAGGAGGCGCUGGACAUGAAUGUGAAAAUGUAUCCACGACAUCCACUAGAAAUCAAGAGUAACUGUUUGCUGGCUAGUCACAGUCAUUCUCGAAGUGAAGCCAAGAGUUCCAGUCCUGCUCAGAGAGCUCCAUCUGCCGAGCUCUAUCAUGGGCAAUCAUUAGGAAAGCCUCUGGCCCUUCAGGCUGCCCUCCACGGACAGGCUUCUAUUGGUAAUGGGAAGAAUCAGCCUAACUCCAGGCUUGCCGGUUCCAAUGGUCUGGAGGGCAACUGGUCUGGAAACAUCACCCAGAAAGAUAAUUUAGAUGAGAUUUUCUGUGACCAGGAGUCAAUGCUCAGCCCCCACUUGCCCAGUCAGGGCAACAUUAGAAAAUCUGGCAUAGAACACUUUAGCAGAUCCUUUAAGGAGGCCACCAAUACAUGGGUGAGGCCCACUGAGGACCUCCAGUACUGUGCUAAACCAACUAAGAAUGUGAGUUCUAAGGAGCAGUUGUGGGGUAGACAGCUUCUCAGGCGGUCAGCAGGAAGAGCUCCAUAUCAGGAAACUGAUGGGUAUUGCCCUGAUUUAGAGCCCAGCGAUUCAGAAGCAGAAGGGGAAGGGAGUAAAGAAACAGCAAGGGUAAAGAGAGAAAGUUCUGACCGAGAAAAUCCUUCUCAUGAUUCUGUUCGGGAAUGCCAUGGGAAAAGCGAGACACAUCCUCAUUCCCACAGCUCAAUGCAAAGGUGAUCAGAAAUACCUAAGCAGACUUUGCCCCACAUUCUAGGGGAAAUCUAAACACCCAAAGGAUUCUAGUGUAUAUUAGGAGGAAUUGCAGGGAAAAUGAUGGUAUGAUGUUUCGAAAAGGUUUCAGGUCUAGUUUUUAUAAGCACAUUACAAGAGUUGCAGAUUGACUGGGGUUGCUUUGUUGGAGGCUGCUGGUAACAGUUGGGCCCAGAGUAUUUGCUCAGUGAGUACUUCAGGACCGCUUUUCAGUUAUCUUAACACACUGAUUAAACUACGUAUUAAGAAUCAUUGUAUUGUCAAUGGAUUUGCGAGAGAACAUGACAGACACUAAA